AGAAUCCGGUUUAGCCAGCACUAGAACUGUAUCUAAUUGAAUGACGUAGCAUUGGAGAGCAUUCUGUAUUACGGAGAAUUUGCAUAUAACGGUGACGUAGUACACAGAAAAUCGGAGCUAUUGUUUUGGAAAUCUGUACUAACUGACGUGUACGCUACUUUUUAUAGCGUAUAUAGUUGAACUUAAAGCUUUCAGAAUUUGUUGUCGGGGAUUUCUAUACAUUAUAAGGAUUUAACACCAAGAUGGCGUGGAGCUUAAUUUUAGGCCUCGUGGCCUUAACUGGAUUGGCACAGGCCACACCAAGUGCUAGAAUGAUGUCAGAAGCCUGUGAGAUAUAUCAAGGAACUUGUAUGUCCGGUGGUUGCCAGGAAGGUCAGACCUAUCUUGGGCAUGAAUGUAGUAGUGGGCGUUCCUGUUGUCGUGGCGAAGUUGUGACAGAUAAACCAAACCCUAGGUUAAAUGAUGUAUGUGGUAGUAUUAUGGGGAAAUCAAGCAGAAUUAUUGGUGGAGAAACCUACGCUCAAUGUACAAUCCCAUAUUCCUCGAUGGUCGCUCUCAGGUUCUUUUUUGCAACUGACCUUAGUAACUUGGGCAACAUUACAUUCUGCGCCGGAAGUCUUAUUGAUGAGGAUUUAGUUGUCACGACAGCCAACUGCAUAGCACCCUAUGUACAAGGAGACGGAGCCGCUUUGUUAUCUAAUAUAAGGGUAGUAGUCGGUGAAUAUGACAGUUAUAGAACUGAUUAUGGUAAUGAUGGAGCACCGGAAGACAGAGCUAAGAUUAGAGAAGCCAAAGUACAUCCCAAUUAUAAUUCAGCCUCUUUGGACAAUAAUAUCGCUUUAAUCAGAUUGGACAGAAAAAUUAAAUACAAUAACUGUAAGAUACCAGCUUGUUUACCACGUCGUGCAGAAAAUGUUGAAUGUGGUCAAGUACAGAACGAAUGUCAAAUGGCAGGUUUUGGUACCAGAUUUGCUGACGAGUUUAGACCUUUCCCAAGACCAGGUAAAGCUAACGUCCGUGUUUUUGACAAGUCGACCAGUUCCGGAAUCCUGAGAUAUGUGGACGGUCUAAAUCCAGAAGGUAGCAUGGUCGUCGAACCUAUCCAGGCUCAACAAAAAGCAUGCGUGUUUGAUUGGGGAGGUAUUGUUAUGUGCCCUAGAGAUGGUCGAUGGGAACUUAGUGGUCUCAUCAGUUUCCACAGCUGUUUAGAGAAUGGAAACAUACCAUUAAUUGCCGUAGACAUUGCACAAUACCGAGGCUGGAUCGAGUCCUGUGCGGCUGAUUUUACCCAGUGCAUCCUUUAGAUCUUGAUCAUCUUCUCAUUUUCUAUAUUUGUAAAAUUUUAGCGAUUAUCAAUUUUUAUUCGCGCAUGUUUCAACAGUUAAUUUGUAUUUCGAAUUCUCAGUAUAAAACCUUAUCUGUAAUUAUUAGGCGCUGACGUCGUCACAUUAUACCGGAAUUUACCUUUCGUUUAUCUUUAUAAAUCCCAUAUAAGUCGAAGCUUUGUAAAACGCCUUAGAGCAGCCAUUGGCUACUAUUUGUCGCUCUGUAUAAAUGGAUAAAUUAUUAAUUAUUAGUCAAAUCGGGGAGGAAAUGAAUAUUUCGCCCACUUGGCAUGUUUAUUAAGUUGGCAAUAAAGCAAGAGCAUUUUGCGACAUGGAAUAAGUGCUGUUAGCCUUAUGGCAGUGUUACAUGUAUGUCAAAAGAGAAUUAUGUGCAAUCACAGAUUAUGAAAUUACAGAUGCUUUUAUAGGUAAAGGUAAUCUUAAAAAAAAUAUUUUCUCUAUAGUUUGCACUUUUGUAUUUCGUAAGUUCUAUUUUUCAUGUCAACAAAAAUAAUAAAAAUAUACUAUUUUCGGGUUCGAGAUUAUUCCAAGAAAUAAAAUAAUUUGUAUGUUAUCCAAAUAAUGAUAAUAUUUUUGCCUUUUCUUGUUGUUUUUUAAAAAAGAAAAAAUAUUC